AUGGCUCCCUCAGCUCUCCUUCCAUCCCUCGAUCCAGAUGGCUUCCCAAUCUUCCAGCCCGAGACGAUCCAGUCGCAGCAUCACCACCUUCUACGACGCGACCUUUCCGUCAACCAAACGCAAGCCGUCACUGUCGGAAUCAUAGGUGUUUAUGUGGUGGUCAUCGCGCUGUUAUGGAAUAUUCCUUAUGUGAGGAAUGUGCUCUGGCCGUUUAAGAUGCUGACGAUCGCCUUUCACGAAUUUGGUCAUGCUUUCGCAGCGAAAUUGACUGGUGGCAAAGUCGAAUCCAUCGAACUGAAUCCGAACGAAGGCGGCGUGACGAGGAUGCGAGGCGGGAAAGGAGCGAUCACUCUCCCCGCAGGCUAUCUCACCUCCUCCCUGAUUGGGGCUCUCCUAAUCUUCGCCGGCUUCAACAUCGUCGCCUCCAAAAUCGCCUCCUUCGUCCUCGCAGCCUGUUUCCUCUUGACUCUAUGGUGGGCUCGCAAAGACUGGCUUACGAUCAUCACGAUACUUCUUGCUACCGGCCUCCUAGUGGCCUGCUGGUUCAUCGCUCACGCCCAAGCUCUCCGUUUCGUGGUGCUCUUCAUUGGAACCAUGUCUUCACUUUACAGCGUCUGGGAUAUUUGCGACGAUUUGAUCUUGAGAAAGGUCAAUUCUUCUGAUGCGGUGCAGUUUGCGAAGCGCUAUGGUGGGAGCUCGAGGUGCUGGGGCGUGAUUUGGAGUUUGGUGAGUGUGUGCUUCAUGGCCGUGGGGAUCAUCGCGGGGAUUGCGGCUUUCAGGCAGGAUUGGAAGCAGCAGGAGAAGGAUUCGAAGGGCUUUAUCCCGACGUGA